AUGACACAAUUAACAAAAAGAAAUAAAAGAAUUGCAUUCGAUUGUUCAAUACUUAUAAUCAUUAAAAAUAAUUUAAAUCAUCAUAUCACCAUUAAAAAUAAUUUAAAUCAUACCACCAAUAAUAGUAAUAAUAAAUGCAAUAAUUUAAAUCAGGUUGUGAUUUUAAAAUUAAUUGAUAUUAAUAAAUUUGGGGAAAUAUAUUUAUCAGGGAUCAAAUUUUAUUUCAUCUUAGAAUAUAUAAUAAUCAGAAUCAUUUAUAGCAUUGAUAUAGGGGGACAUAAUAUUUCAACAUAUAAAUAUAGAAAUUAUUUUAAUAAUUCCAACAUAUCGAAUUCUGAUGAGAAUAACAACCACCAACAAAAUAUCUCAAAUUGUUGUCCAAUGCCAUCAACUGCAGAAAAGAUAGAGAUGAAUUGUUCAGAUAUUAUACUAGUAGAUCAUUGGAUACCAGAUACUUGUAAAUCCAUUAAAUUUACCUAUUUUGAUCAACAAUUAACCCGUAACAUUAUUGGUAAUAGUCUAACAUCCAUUAAUUUUAGUAAUGAAUUUAAUCAAUCGUUAAGUGACACAAAAGGUGAACCAUGGUUACCAAGAACAUUAAAAUCUUUAACUUUUGGAAAAUCAUUUCAACAUUCAAUUCAUAGAGAUGAAAUGCCACCAUCACUUACAACACUAAUAUUUAUUCCAGUGUACAAAGGAGUAAUCCAAUAUGGAUCAAUACCAAAAUCAGUAACAACUCUUCAUUAUUCUUUAUUUUUUAAAGAACACGACAUAUAUAAAUUUGACUUAACGUCGGUACCAGGUGGUACAACUUCAUUGGAGUUUGAUUUUUAUUAUAAUGGGACCAUUGAAAAAGGUAUGAUUCCACACUAUGUUACAUCGUUGAAAUUCCGUAUGGGCGAUUAUAAACUUGAACCAAAUUCAUUACCAAUAUCAAUUAAAACUUUAGGUCUAGGUCGAAACAGAACCAUUUUUACUCAAAAAGUCUUUCCGCCAACAAUUACAAAUUUAUCAAUUGUUACAUUCUCUGACAUCGGAAUAUUGCCCAAAACAAUUGAAAAACUAAAAAUAAUUGGUUCAAAUAAUUUUACCCAAUUAGAUAGCCACUCUUUCCAUAUUUUUGAAAAUUUAAAAUCAUUGGAACUUAAUGCAAUUGGAGUGGAUUUAACUGGUGUAGAAUUCUCACCUACCAUUAUAAAACUAACUUUGACAGUUUUAUAA